AUGCACCUGUUUUGCACCUUCUCCCUGCUGCUGCUGGUGUCCGCCCCGGUGAGCGCCACUGUGUCGAACAGCUUCAGAGAGUGCAGCCAUUUUUUUUACAUGCAGACCCCACCUGCAGGGAUUAGAGGAACCAGCCUGCGCAGGAUCUGCCAGAAGUAUGCAGACAAACCACGCUACACCACAUUAUAUGACAGCAGCUGCCGCCUUCCCCUUUACUCAGCCUACAUCUUCAAGAAGUCUGAUGGGAAGAGGAGGAUGGAUACACCCUGGAUGUAUGAGCCUCAGUUGCUUUCUGAUGAUGAGAGUGGAAAUAUGAGAGCUCUUCCCCUGACUGAUGCCACCCCUCCUCUGAUUGAGGACAGCCAGGCUGUGCUGGAGGACUACACAGACGCUGUGGGGUACAGACGUGGCCCACUCAAUCCUGACUUACACCAAGCCGAGCCAGACGACAAAUCCUCCACCUAUACUCUGACCAAUGUAGUCCCAUUAAUCUCAGAGUUCUUGGAUGCCUCCUGGAAUCCAUACUUGGACACCGUUCGCCGGCGCCUCAAUAACUUCUGCCAUGGUAAAUCGUUUAUUGUGACAGGAGUGACUGUUUCAGGGGCGACCAUCCAGCGAGACAACAGGAACCGCUUAGCAAUCCCAAAAUACUUAUGGCUGGCAUACUGCUGCCCACGGUUUGACCAUAACUCACCAUAUGAAGUGAGAUUUAUGUUCCCUUCUUACGGUGGUUAUGCACUGAAUAAACAGACAGGCCACAGUGUGGUGGAAGUUCCUCUGAAGACACUGGAGGACUUCCUGGAGAGACAGAUAGACCAACAUGAUGACAUGAAUAUUUUCUAUAAAGGUUGCAUGUCCGAAAAUGCCUUCAAGCAGAAGAGGAGCGACAUGACCAUAAGAGGGAGAGUGGAAAAAGAGCUAUCUCCAGAGUGCAGAGAAUUCCUCUACAUGGGCAGACCACCAACCGGACUGGGGCAUCGCUCCCUACACUUCAUUUGUCAACAUUACAACAAGAAGGCACGCUAUGUGACGCUGUACAACACCGUGGACCAUAUACCUGUCUACUCUGCCUACACCUUCAAACGCUCAGAUGGGGAGGAAUGUGUUGAUGUGCCUUGGAUGUAUGAGCCUCAGCUCUCCACAUCCUCUGAUACAGAGGAGAUGCAGCCCUUCCCACGUGGUUACAUGCACAUGAAUUUUGAAGAUGCCCAAGCUGUGCUUGAUGAUUACACAAAUGCCAUCCAAUACGAGCGUGGCACACUCAACCCAGAUGAGCAUCAGGGCGAGCUUGAUGACAAGGCCUCCACCUACACGCUGACUAAUGUUGUGCCGGUGGUGCCCGACUUCAACAACAGAGUCUGGAACAAACAAGAGCACAUCAUCCGCAAGCGGCUCAACAACUACUGCCACGGGAAAGCGUACAUCAUCACGGGCAUCACCACCUCGGGGAAGAUGAUCCGCCGACAAAACAUCAAUCGCAUCGCAGUGCCCACAUACGUGUGGUCAGCAUAUUGCUGUGCUGACUUUGACCACAACGCCCCGUACGAUGAGCGCUACAAGUUGCCAUCUUUUGCCUACUAUGGGCUCAAUGAGGAGAACAACGAGGUGGUGGAAAUCUCUGUCCAGAAGCUGAAGGAGUUCCUGAAGAAGACCACCUUCGUAGACCAGAAUUUUCAGAUCUUUGUCGACGACUGUGUCCCACCAGCUUCAAAUUUAAAACACAUGAGAGAAAAGUUUUUGUAA